GAUUUAGUCAUUUACAUGGUUUUCUCUCAUUGCAAGCAAAAUUGGACUGUCACUGACUCAUUCACCCUCACUCUCAGAUCUCCCUCUUAUUACAACCUUUUCUUUUCAGACACCAUUGUUGUUGCCACUUUCCUCUCACUUCAAAUGCUGCUACAAAGGUACACUAAUUUGAAAUGAUCUCAAAGUGAAAUGACCAUCGAUAUGCUUCCAUCCAUGGCUCAAAAUGGAAAUGCUAGGACAAGCAGAUCUUCAUUUAGCUCUAGCAAUGGGAAUGAGGGUACCCCUGAGAACAACUGUGCUUCUGUUAGCAAUGCUGAUGGCUAUGAUAGUGAUAACUCCAACUAUGCAUCACCCACGCCAUCAACUCUGUCAAUGGCGGUUCCCGCAGAACUAGCUGGAGCUGUACCCUUGAUUGACAGAUUCCAGGUGGAUGUAUUUUUAAAAUUAAUGCAUAAACAAAUUCAAUCUGCUGGGAAACGUGGAUUUUUUUCUAAAAGAUCUGUAGGUCCCCAAGCUCGAGAGAAAUAUACAUUUGAGGACAUGCUUUGUUUUCAAAAGGAUCCGAUACCAACUUCAUUGCUUAAGAUUGAUGGUGAUUCAGUAAGCCGGGCAACCAAGUUAUUCCAGAUAAUUUUGAAAUAUAUGGGAAUUGAUCCAUCUGAUCGUGUAGUGCCAGUAAGCUUAGAUGAACGAGUUGAGCUCGUAGGUAAACUAUACAAGCAAAGUUUGAAACGUUCAGAACUCCGAGAUGAACUUUUUGUUCAGAUAUCAAAACAGACAAGAAAUAACCCUGAGAGGCAAUACUUGAUCAAAGCAUGGGAGCUUAUGUAUUUAUGUUCGUCCUCCAUGCCUCCUAGUAAAGAUAUUGGGGUUUAUCUAUCAGAAUACAUUCAUAGCAUAGCACAUGGUGUGGCUACUGAUCCCGAGAUCCAAGCCCUUGCAUUAAAUACAUUAAAUGCUUUGAAGCGUUCUGUCAAGGCUGGUCCAAGACAUAUAAUACCUGGGCGAGAGGAGAUUGAAGCUCUGUUGAAUGGGAGAAAGCUUACAACUAUAGUGUUCUUCCUGGAUGAAACUUUUGAAGAAAUCACAUAUGACAUGUCAACAACAGUUUCUGAUGCUGUUGAGGAACUUGCAGGCCUCAUUAAACUGUCAACGUACUCUAGCUUUAGUCUGUUUGAAUGUCGUAAAGUUGUUACCGGCUCCAAAUCAUCUGAUCCUGGGAAUGAGGAGUAUAUUGGGUUAGAUGAUAACAAAUAUAUUGGGGAUCUCCUGGCGGAAUUUAAAGCAGCAAAAGAUCGAAGUAAGGGAGAAGUUUUGCACUGUAAACUGAUAUUCAAGAAAAAGUUAUUUCGCGAGUCAGAUGAAGCUGUGACAGAACCAAUGUUUGUGCAGUUGUCCUAUGUACAAUUGCAACACGAUUAUAUUUUGGGUAAUUAUCCAAUUGGAAGGGAUGAUGCUUCUCAGCUUUCUGCAUUACAAAUCUUGGCUGAGAUUGGAUUUGUUAGCACACCUGAAACUGGCAGUAACUGGAAUUCACUUUUAGAGCGCUUCCUUCCUAGACAAAUUUCGAUGACACGAGCUAAACGUGAAUGGGAGUGUGAUAUUCUUUCUCGUUAUCAUUCAAUGGUGCAUAUGACAAAAGAUGAUGCAAGACAACAAUUUCUGCGUAUAUUAAGAGCGCUUCCUUAUGGGAAUUCUGUUUUCUUCAAUGUUCGCAAGAUUGAUGAUCCUAUUGGACUCCUGCCUGGACGAAUAAUAUUGGGAAUUAAUAAAAGAGGGAUUCAUUUUUUCCGUCCAGUUCCUAAAGAAUAUUUGCACUCAGCUGAGUUGAGAGACAUAAUGCAAUUUGGAAGCAGCAAUACUGCAGUCUUUUUCAAAAUGCGAGUGGCAAGUGUUCUUCACAUAUUCCAGUUUGAAACCAAGCAGGGAGAAGAAAUUUGCAUAGCUCUUCAGACACAUAUAAAUGAUGUAAUCAUGCGCCGCUAUUCAAAAGCACGGUCUGCCAGUGGAGGUGGUUCUUUGAAUGGAGAUGUUUCUAAUAAUUUUAAGCCUCCUAAUUUAGAAUUAUAUGAGAAGCGUAUUCAAGAUCUAUCAAAACUUGCUGAAGAAUCUCAAAGAAAUGCUGAUGAAUUGCUUAAAGAAUUGCGUGAGAAGCAAGGAAAAGAAGAGAAAAUGCAAGACGAAUUGGAGGGUUUAAAGAAAUCCUUAAAAGCUGAUAAGCAAAAUCUUGAGGUAGUGGCAAGUGACUGUGACAGGCUUAGAUCAUUAUGCAAUGAAAAAGAUGAGGCACUACAGGCUGCAAUUCAAGAGAAAAGGAAUAUGGAAGCAAGGAUGGCCAAGUUGAGUAAUGUGGUCAUAGAGAACUCUGCCAAAGAGGGUCUUAUUGGAGAAAAUAACCAAGUGCUACAAAAGCUUAAAUAUGAGCUAAAACAUUGUAAAGAUGAGCUGCAUUCUGCUGAAGAAACUAUCAAAGCCUUGACAAGUGAAAAAAUGGUUUUGGAACAGAAGCUAUCUGCACUUGAGAAGAGAAAUGCUGAAGAGAGUAGUUCUCUUCAACGGAAACUGGAGCAAGAACGCAGAGCUGUGAAGUCUGAAGUGUUUGAUCUACAAAGAAAGCUAGAAGGGUGCAGAGAAGAAUUAAUGUCUGCUAAGUCUACUAUUUCAGUCAAGGACUCUGAGUUGGCUGCAUUGCAGAAUAAUUUAAAGGAACUAGACGAAUUGCGAGAAAUGAAAGAGGACAUUGAUAGGAAGAAUGAACAGACAGCUGCCAUAUUGAAGAUGCAAGGGGCUCAACUAGCUGAAAUGGAAGUUCUUUAUAAGGAAGAACAAGUUUUAAGGAAGCGUUACUUUAAUAUAAUAGAAGACAUGAAAGGCAAGAUCAGAGUUUACUGUCGACUAAGACCUCUUAGUGGAAAAGAGAUUGCUGAGAAAGAAAGAGAAGCUAUUAUUGCGUUCGAUGAGUUCACUGUUGAAUAUCAAUGGAGGGAUGAUAAGCCAAAGCAGUACAUAUAUGAUCGUGUUUUUGGUGGGGAUGCAACUCAAGAAAGUGUAUUUGAGGAUACGAGGUAUUUGGUGCAAUCUGCUAUAGACGGUUAUAAUGUCUGUAUAUUCGCUUACGGUCAAACUGGCUCUGGAAAGACAUAUACAAUCUAUGGAAGUGAAGACAACACUGGACUUACCCCUCGCGCAAUUGCAGAACUUUUUAGAAUUUUAAGGAGAGAUAAUAACAAGUAUUCCUUUUCCUUAAAGGCAUACAUGGUGGAAUUAUAUCAAGAUACCCUUAUAGAUCUUUUGUUGCCCAAGAAUGCAAAGCAUUUAAAAUUGGAUAUCAAGAAGGAUUCGACGGGAAUGGUUGUUGUGGAAAACGUAACAGUUAUGCCGGUUUCUACAAUUGAAGAGUUGAAUGAUAUAAUAAGAAGGGGAUCUGAACGGCGGCAUAUAUCGGGGACCCAAAUGAAUGAAGAAAGUUCAAGAUCUCAUCUUAUUCUAUCAAUUGUAAUUGAAAGUACCAACCUUCAAAGCCAGACAGUUGCAAGGGGAAAGUUGAGUUUUGUGGAUCUUGCUGGUUCAGAAAGAGUGAAAAAGUCAGGUUCCAAAGGGAGUCAACUGAAGGAAGCACAAAGCAUCAACAAAUCAUUAUCAGCACUUGGAGAUGUUAUAAGUGCUUUGUCUUCUGGUGGUCAACACAUACCUUACAGGAAUCACAAGUUAACUAUGUUGAUGAGUGAUUCACUUGGUGGUAAUGCCAAAACUCUCAUGUUUGUGAAUGUUUCUCCAGUAGAAUCAAGCUUGGAUGAGACACAUAACUCUCUUAUGUAUGCAUCACGAGUGAGAUCAAUUAUAAAUGACCCUAGCAAAAAUGUUGCUUCAAAAGAGAUAGCGCGACUGAAGAAGUUGGUUUCUUAUUGGAAGCAGCAAGCAGGUAGAGGACUUGAGAAUGAAGAUUUAGAAGAAAUACAAGAUGAACGAUCAUCUGAAGAGAGGACAGAGAGUCGUGGUAGCUCUAGGUAAUUUGGAGCUCACCAUUACACUGCAUUGACCAUAUGCAUAAUUUUCUUUUUGGAAUGUUUCAUCACCAGCCUCUUUGAUCAAACAAGCUGAAGAGAUUGUAUUAUUUUUUGGUCAAUGUUGUACUUUUUAGAGGGAUCUAGGAUGUAUAGUUGAAUUUUAUGUAUAUAUAAUUAAUCCUUUUGACUCGUGCACAUAUAAAAUAUAUACAAUCUGCACAAAAAUUUCACUGUCUUCAAUAUGCGUAAGUAUUUAUGAAACAUUGAAUAAUGUGGCUUCAAAAACACAUUACUUUU